AGUGUCUUGGCAAAGCAGUACCUUGAGCGAGGCCUUCUGGUGCCGGACCAUGUCAUCACACGUGUGAUGAUGACGGAGCUGGAGAAGCGGCGAGAGCAGCACUGGCUGCUUGAUGGUUUCCCUCGGACGCUGGGGCAAGCCGAGGCACUGGACAGGAUCUGCGAGCUGGACCUGGUGAUCAGCUUGAACAUACCCUUCGAGACGCUGAAGGAUCGCCUGAGCGCCCGCUGGGUCCACCCGGCCAGCGGGAGGGUGUACAACAUGGACUUCAACCCCCCCCAUGUCCAGGGCAUCGAUGACCUGACGGGUGAGCCACUGGUCCAGCGUGAGGACGACAAACCUGAGGCCGUUGCUGCCAGGCUCCGAAAAUAUAAAGAUGCUGCAAAGCCAGUAAUAGAGUUGUACAAGAGCAGAGGCAUCCUUCACUCCUUCUCGGGGACAGAGACCAACAAGAUCUGGCCAUACGUGUACACCCUGCUUUCCAGCAAGAUCCCACCCGUUCUCUCAGAUGAGGAGCACUAAACAGCUUGUGCCAAGGACCAAGAGUUAACGCCAUCACGGAUUUGGUUUCUCUGCGUGGUGCUGAGGCUGUGCUCAGAUUAGGCGAUUGUGUGGUAUCUGAAGUCCCUUCCCCAGGUGUACUGGGUGACAUCAGUGGACAGAUGAUUAUAGCCAGUAUCGGGGCGAAAAGGUCUUUGGUUAUAAGGUCAAGUCUGCUAGAAUAAGGGUUUUCUUUUUCUCUUUUGAGGCUAUAAAGUAUUCCUGCCUACGGUCCAAGAACACACAUGGAUCAGCAAUGCAAACCUGGUUAAUGACCAUGCCAGGUUUACACAGCUUGCCAUGCUGUCCCUGCCACCCCCAUACAAACCCCAGGCUCUGAGCCUACAGUGUGCCAUCCCGUUGCUCCACGGUACUGUUUACUGCAGAUUACUCUCUAGGUUGGGGUUUUUUUCUAUAAAUUAUUUUCUAUUAAAUUUAUUUCUCAGAGAAACAAUGCUCUAAAAAGGAAGACUUAGCCCAGUGGGAAUUGGUGAGCAGCAUGGAAAGUGUGUACACUGCAAAGCUCACAUUUCCAGCAUUUCUACACAUAGAAGAGGGAAAACAUUGGAAGUAAAACACACCCUUGUGCUUCUUCCAUAGAGAGAGGUGAAACCCCUGUUAUAAAAAGCUGCUGUACGGUCUAGUUUUUAUGAGAUGCUGUGACACUGAGCAGGAUCUGUGCUGGGGAUGAGUUGCACUCCUUUGUGCUUACCUUGUUUAUAGCUUUUAAUACUACAAGAUACAGUCAUGUUAUAAGAGUUUCUCCCAGAGAUUUAUUUUAAUGUGUGCUUCAGUUUUGGGGAGAAAUGAAGUCAUUCCAUCUUGUGUGCUGCCUUUGUCGCUGAGGUCCCCCGGAGAUUAGGUGUUCCCUAAGCGGUACCUGCUGCAGCUGCAGCAUCUCCGGCAGAAGCGGCUUCCUCCCCACGAACCCCCAGAAGGGCGAGAGCCUUCCCUUCCCUGGGAUGCGUGUAGGGGCUGCCGAGGGCCAUGCCCAGGGAUUUCCCCAAGAUUUGCAGCUCCUCCAAGUGUGUUGCUCCUCUUCUCAUGCGCAGGAGCUUUGGGGCCAGGUGGAGUGGCUUUUCUCAACUGGAAGUACUGUAACCCUCUUUGAUGGUCGGAUGCAGUACCUAAGCAAUGGGGAUGUUCUUUUUGUCUCCUCGAGUUGCCUUAUUUUAUAGAAUAUAUAUUUAAGAAAAAAGCAAGAUGUGUAUUUUUAAAGGUUUAAAAAAAAAAAAAGCGCUGAAUUUUAGCAUCGACUUUUGGGAACUCUGCAUGAAGCUGCUUGCGUUUGCAGAGCAUGCCGCAGUCUGCCAUGGGUGGCUCAGCAGGGAGGCAGAAAAGCUGUCACUCCCCUACACCCGUUUGAUUAAUUAGAGCAGACUGGGCAAGUUUCUGUUGCUGAAAUGUCACUGUUUUUAUUUUUGCUUGGAGAGUGGCCCUGCAGCAGAGGAGGUGGAGCUGACUGACUUUUUUAGGGUUGCAUGGGCUCUGUGUGCGAAACUUCAGCGCAUCCCGGGAGUCUUUUAUCCCUGCUGAGCCACCUGCAUCCUCAUGCUGUCAGAGGAGCCCCUGAUGUUUGCUCUCUCCGUUGGAGGCAGUUUUGCUCUGGUGUUCUCCCAGUAAUGGAGCCAGAAGCCGUCGGGCAUCUGCCGAGCGGGAUCUCUGCCCAUGUGCUGCCUGCUUGUCGCCUGCCUGUUCGUGAGAGCAAUGAGGCAGCAGCAGCAGGGGAGGGCUCCGCAUCCCACUCCAGAUGAGCAUUUCCCAGGUGGGAGUGGAGGGACUGCUGGGUUUCACUGCUGUCCCGGGGGGCCUUUCCAUCCCCCCAGAGCUCCUGGGCUGCAAGGAUGGAAAUCUUCCACCCUGCAAUGAAAUCCUAUUUAAGAAAGGUUUUAGAUUUUCCCAUGACCCUUGGAAGAAGGUCUGGGCCAGUUUUAAACACAACUCUAGAAAUAGCCAAAAUGUGCAUGCUGUUUUCUUUCUAGCAGCGUUGGGCAGGAGGGGAUGAUGGGGGGGUG